AUUAUGGCAAUUGAACGUAUUGCGCAUGCGACGAAACUUAUUGUUACGUAGACUCUAACAGGGAGAGCACACGGACUAAAACAGACAAAGUGUGCAGCAAAAUAUCAUGUGCCCAUAGUGCUUGGACGCUUCCUUGACGAAUAGGGUCGCGUUAUAACGUAAAUAGUGUUCGUCGCGCAAUUGUAACAAGCAAGACAGCCGAGAAAAUGAUAGCUGAAAAUUGUGAAACCGAUAAUCACAAUGGACAAGCCAGAGUAGCAAAUUGCAACAACAUGAAGCCCUACAAAACGUACCAGUUACUUCCGAAGUUAUGCUGUGGAUUGUUUUCACCUUCACUCCCGACUUGGAAGGAAACAAAACAGUAUUUUGGAAUUAUUUGUUGCGGCUUAUCCCUAUGGGGGUCAUCAUGGUUCAUAUUCAGAGACGUAGUCGCACCAGGAGGGUUUAUAUUCCACAUGGCGGGGACCGUGAUCGUCGGAUAUGUCUUCGGUCACGUCAUGGAGAGAUAUACGUCCAUCAACUGCAUGGUUGGCAUGACCAUAAUUGGUGCUUUGUCGAGAAACUUAUUCCAAUACAACUUUUUGGAAAACCCCAUAGCAGAUUUAAUAGAUUCAAAUUUAAGACGAAUUUAUCCUGUGAUCAUCCUGACGAAGGGCCCACUUAGUUGGAACUGGGAAUAUAUUAAGAGUAAUUCCUUGAGAGUGUUCUCGCUGGCAACACUGCCUUGGAUCGUGGAGUGUUUGUCGACCGCAUCCCUUACCCACCUCCUGCUGGGGUUUCCGUGGUAUUGGGGUCUUCAUCUAGGUGCUAUUCUAGCGUCAGUAUCGCCCGCCGUAGUAGUACCCACUGCAAUGACACAAUACGCCCACGGGUUUGGUACCAAGAAUCAAAUAGCGCUCCUUGUUGGUAACGCUGGAGGGCUAGACACAGCCUUCACCGAAGGCAUGUUUGGAGUCAUAAAUAGCGCCAUAUUCUAUCCCUCAACGUUUACUUAUAGAAUCAUAAAAGCAGCACUAGCUAUAUUUAUAGGCAUUGGCCUUGGAAUACUGUGGGGAGUUCUGGCGGAUUCUGUACCGGAUCACAGCGACCCUUACGCACCCACUGUACGAAGUUUACUCAUAUUUGGCGGAGGGUACUUCAUAACGUGCGCCGGUGGAUACCUCGGUUGGGGAGGGACAUCUGGUGUUGCUAUAAUGGUGUGUGUUGCAACAGCGGCGACGCGAUGGGCUCGACGGGGCUGGCCGAACAAUAAUAAUCCAGUAUCCGAGGUUUACAAGGUUCUUUGGCUGAUAUUUGAGCCUAUGCUCUUUACUUUAAGCGGAUAUUUCUUAGACGUAUCACAAAUGUCACUCGAGGAGUUCGGUCUAAUAUUAGGCUGUAUUUUCGCAGCGCUGUUCUUUCGACUGCUCACUGCGUUCCUAGUGUGUCUGGCCAAUGAACUGUCUGUGAAGGAAAGCCUCUUUGUUUCCAUCACAUGGAUACCGAAGGCCAUAGUUGAGGCGGUGUUAGUUCGAGUGGCGUCAGAUUCUCUGUGGCAAGAUGCGACAUUUCGAGACAAGCGUAUAGCGGCGCAGCACUCGAAUAUAAUCGUUAUCGCUAUUAUUUUAACGUCCUCUUUGGGUUCUGUUCUGACAACGAUAACGGGACCGAUUUUGUUAUCAUCAGAAUCCGGGGCUGUUUCUGUAGGUAAGCAGAGCAGUUAAUAUGCUACGCCGAUUAUGUAUGUUGUGCGCUUCUUAUAAUUCUCUUUGGAGUUUUGAAAACUUCUGAAUCUGGUUAAGGUAUUUAAAAUUAUUUUAUACUAGGAUAUCGAGUUUUACUAUUUUGCGAGCUGGAUUUCAUUAAAUAGAAUUAUGAAUAUGAAUUUUAUUUCUGAAACCGUUUGAUUAAAUUACUUGUAUCUUCUAUGGUGGCCUUAAGGCCUACUUGCUACAAAGUUCUUAAUUCAAAUUUAAAACCUUCUAACGUCUAAGCGCGCAUUUCAUCUCUCUAUUUGACUUAAAGAAAUAAUAAAGAUGUAAUAAUGUACCAACCAAAUACGAUUAUCCCUUAAUUUGAAUUAAGAACUUUGGUACAUGUGGGUCUUAAUUUCUUUAUUUGUGUACUACACACACAUACGCAAAUUAUGAGUAUAUCUUUUUUUUAUUCCGUAAUAUAGUGAAACGUCAUAUUGCACCAAAUAUUGCAUAGAAAUAUUUUGUCUGUUACAGAUGGGUAUCAGAAAAGAACGUUGCCAUGUCAGACUUCGCUCUCUAGAAAAAACAACGUUUCCAACUCCCUCCACUCUAUAGAAAUUCAAUAAAUACUC